AUGGGUCUGUCACACACACUCUCACUACUCCCCCGCAACUUCACCUUGCAUCAGUUGGCAAUUCAUCUUCAUGUCUAUUUGAACGCUUCACAUUUUGACCAUCCAAAAGCUUGCAGCUUGAGCUCACAAACACUCUCGUUAGCAGCUGUCAUCCCUGUUGUGUUGCUGUCCCUCUCCAGGCCUUUCCGUGGUUCUCUACUGCCGUGCCGUUACCCAGUCCACGCCCAGGACCCUGAAUCCAACGCUCGCCAAGGCACAAUGGAUUAUUGGUGUGCUCCCAGACUCGGCCCGUCCAUGCCCUACGGUUCGUUCGGAAAUCUCACCAUGUCUCAUACGUCAAGACACUCGUCGAAUCAACGAGUCAUUCCCCUUGGGCCUAUGGUCUAUCAUCCUGUCGCGUUCGUGACUGGCUCCGGCAGUCGGUUCACUUUAAGCUCAAUUGCUCAGAGUUACUGA